CGGAAGUGGCUCGCCAGAGAGUUUCGGCUGGCUGACAGCAGAGGGAGAGAGAGAGAAAGAGAAAUGGCGCCUUGGCUCUAGUAGCUGAGACACAGUCAGAACGAAAGCAGCUGGCAAUAGCUAUAGGACAGGAUCUGUCUAUCAGCGGGGACAGACAGCAAUAAUGGUGAACACCAGAAAGAGCUCGGAGCACAAGCCCAUCGGUCCUUUCAUCUCGGGCCGGACGAGGUCGUCUCAGAGGAACAACCCAAACUUGGACGAGCACAACAGCCGUGUAAGGAAGAGAGAGACACCGGCAGCCUAUUCUCUCCGCCAGCCGAAGGAGCCUAGCAGUGAUGUUAACAGCAGUAGUCCACGUUUGUCCCCACCACCCAAGCGGACACGCAGACAGACGCCACCAAGUUCUACCGAUACUUCUCCAAGUCCCCAGAGUAAAGGCCAGAGAGGCUCAUGGACCAUGUCCAAACACUGUACUAGGUUGUCCACUGGUGCCUUGCAGAAUGGACGCAGUCGAAUGAGUCUGAGGGGUGAUUCCACAUCGGAUGGGGCCCACGGUCGCAUGAAUGGUCAUGUUGAGCUCAAGAGAAGCCGUCGCAUCAGGAAGUCCCAGUUCGAACACCUCAAUCAGAGUUUACUUUUUGACCAACUUGUUAACAGUACGGCAGAAGCAGUUCUUCAAGAGAUGGACAACAUCAGCAGCAUACGGCAGAAUCGGGAAGUGGAGCGCCUCCGCAUGUGGACGGACACCGAACUGGAAAACAUGGACAUGUACUCCCGUGUGAAGAGGAGGAAAUCUUUGCGUAGGAACACGUAUGGAAUGCAGGCGCAUCACAAAGUCAAAUCAAAAGACCCCGAAGAGGAGGAAGGAACUGAAGAGUCAAAUGAGGAGGGAGAGGAGGAUGAGGAUGUGGAGGCUGAUGAUGAUGAAGAUGAUGAAGGAGAUGAGGCAGAAGAGGCUGGAGAGGAGAAUGACAGACCGUAUAACCUCAGGCAGCGUAAAACUGUGCAGCGAUAUGAAGCACCUCCAAUAGAGCCAGUGAACAGGAAGCAAAGCAAGGGCUCUCUGUUUGACACACAUAGAUCUCCUGCAAGAAGAAGCCAUAUUAGAAUAAAGAAACAUGCCAUUCACAGUAGUGAAUCAACAUCAUCGUCUGAUGAAGAGCGCUUUGAGAGGCGGAAAAGCAAAAGCAUGAGCCGUGCUCGUAACAGGUGUCUACCCAUGAACCUGCGGGCAGAGGAUUUGGCCAGCGGUGUGCUUCGAGACCGAGUAAAAGUGGGUGCCAGUUUGGCAGAUGUGGAUCCCAUGAAUCUAGACACCUCUGUGAAGUUUGACCGUGUAGGGGGUCUCACCCAUCACAUCCAGUCUUUAAAGGAGAUGGUUGUCUUUCCUCUACUAUAUCCAGAAGUGUUUGAGAGGUUUAAGAUCCAGCCCCCAAGAGGAUGUCUGUUCUAUGGGCCUCCAGGAACUGGGAAGACGCUGGUGGCACGGGCUUUGGCCAAUGAAUGCAGUCAGGGUGACAGGAAGGUGUCAUUUUUCAUGCGCAAGGGAGCUGACUGCCUCAGCAAAUGGGUGGGAGAGUCUGAACGACAGCUCCGCCUACUUUUUGACCAGGCAUACCUCAUGAGACCCUCCAUCAUCUUUUUCGAUGAGAUUGAUGGCCUCGCUCCUGUUCGCUCCAGCAGGCAGGAUCAAAUUCACAGCUCCAUAGUGUCUACAUUACUGGCAUUGAUGGAUGGUUUGGACAGCCGGGGGGAGAUAGUGGUCAUCGGUGCUACAAACAGACUCGACUCUAUCGACCCCGCACUCAGGAGGCCCGGACGCUUUGACCGGGAGUUUCUGUUCAACCUGCCUGAUAAAAAGGCUCGAAAGCACAUUCUGGAAAUCCACACCAGGGACUGGAGCCCCAAGCUAGCUGAACCCUUCAUUGAUGAGCUAGCUGAGAAAUGUGUCGGUUACUGUGGGGCCGACAUCAAAGCACUUUGCACAGAGGCUGCGCUAGCGGCUCUGCGGCGGCACUAUCCUCAGAUCUACGGUAGCAGCCAACGUUAUCAGCUGGAUGUGGGCUCCAUCGUUUUGGGGCCGCAGGACUUUGGUCGUGCUCUGCGCUCCAUAGUACCUGCGGGUCAGAGGGCUCUGGCUCCGCCUGGCCAGGCCCUUUCCUGUGUGUUAAAGCCCCUGCUGGAGCCCACACUGGCCCAAGCGCUGGCCUUCCUGAUGCGAGUCUUCCCCCACGCAGAGCUCCUGCACAGGGAACACACACAAGACACUGACAAUCAUCUGUUGGUGGAAGACUCGAACAGCGGGGAUGAGGAAUAUCUUGGUGCUCCUUCCAUUUAUGAAACUCAGUCAGGAUCAUCGAAGAAAGCAAAUUCCUGCACGACCCAUAAACCCUUUCUCCACUUUACCAUUUCAGCCUACCAGCAGCCCACCUCUUACCGGCCACGGCUGCUGCUGACGGGACCCCAGGGUGCGGGGCAGAGCACACACCUGGCCCCUGCUGUGCUGCACCACCUGGAGAAGUUUACUGUGCACCGCCUCGACCUACCCACGCUAUACUCCAUCAGUGCCAAAACCCCAGAGGAGUCCUGCGCUCAGGUGUUUCGUGAGGCUCGGCGCUGUGUACCGAGCAUCAUCUAUAUGCCUCACAUCAGUGACUGGUGGGAAGCCAUCAGUGAGACGGUCAAGAGCAGCUUCCUCACACUCCUGCAGGAUGUACCUUCAUUCACACCCCUCUUCAUCCUCGCCACAGCAGAAACCAUCUACCAGCAGCUUCCUGACGAGCUAAAAUGCAUCUUCAGCCAUUCAUAUGGGGAGGUGCUUUGUUUAAGCAUGCCGGGAGAAGAAGAACGCAGGAAGUUUUUUUCAGACCUCAUUUUGGUGCAGGCAGCCAAGGCGCCACCCCGCAAAAGGAGAACAGUGUGCGCUCUGGAGGUGCUGACCCUCGCUGAAGACCCCGGCCCUCGGCAGCUCUCGCCAGAGGAGCAGCGGCGACUGGAGGAGCAGGAGGAGAACACCUUGCGCGAGCUCCGCCUCUUUCUCAGGGACGUCACGAAGCGGCUCGCCACUGACAAACGCUUCCAGAUCUUCAGCAAACCCGUGGACAUUGAGGAGGUUUCAGACUACCUCGAGGUUAUCAAACAGCCUAUGGACCUGUCCACCAUUAUGAUGAAGAUCGACACUCACAAAUACUUGGCCGCCAAGGAUUUUCUAGUGGACAUUGACCUCAUUUGCAGCAAUGCGUUAGAGUACAAUCCAGACAAGGACCCAGGAGAUAAAAUCAUCCGCCACAGGGCCUGCAGUAUGAAGGAUACUGCGCACGCCAUGAUCGCCUCUGAACUGGACCCUGAGUUUGACCGCAUGUGCGAGGAGAUCAAGGAGUCCCGCAGGAAGAGAGCCUCUCAGACCACACCCCAGCUGCCCGACCCUCCAAGCGCCGCGGCUACCAGGAAGCCCGUGGGAGAGGAAGUGGGAUUAAGCAGUUCUCAGGGUGACAUGGUGGACAAGCACUGCAGCAAUAACAUAAAGCGCAAGUUGCGCCGGCGCCCGAUUUGGGGGAGGGGCAUCAUCAGGAAGAAAAAGAGCUAUAAAAAGGAGGAAGCAGAGGAAGAUGAGGAACUGGAAGAAGAGGAAGGAGGGGACGACUCUGCUGCAAUGGUGCAAGGUGAUGCUUCUCUCACCCAGGAUGAGUCGUCCUGUGAUGCCAUGGAGCUCCAUUCUGACAAGCAACCACUCCAGGCCAACGGACACAUCCUCUCCACGGAGGAGGAGAAUUCCUCUGAGCCGAUGGCCACUCAGGACCCUCAGGGAGAGAAAGAGCCCAUCAAGGCCCCCUCGGAGGAAGCUUCCAGCUGUAAGGAGGCCAAAAUGGUCCCCGCUCCUCAAGAGUGUGUGAAUGGAAAUGAAUCUAUGGACAGUGUGUACAGUGAGGCUCUUGAUGAAGAAACCGAGGUAUACUCUAUUAAAAAAGAUGCACUUGAGGUGGAGCACAAGGAGCCUUCUGACCCAGAAUGCAAUGCAAAAGAGAAUACAACUGAAGCGGAGGGGAUGGCGUCUGAUGGCGACCAUGAAACAGAAGGUUCAUCAAAAAGGAAGCAGAAGCCAAACGAGUCGGCCGUCGGACUCGAGGAGACUGUAGAACUUCCACCACCUCCCGCUCUCGUGGUUGACCACCAGCGGCUCAAGGCUCUGUUGGAGAAGGUGGUUGUGAAUAGCGACGGCUUUAGUGUGGAUCAUCUGGAGAGGCUUUACUCAGUGCUCAGCCAGUGUAUUUACAAGCACCGCAGAGACUACGACAAGACCUGUCUGAUAGAGGCGAUGGAGAAGUUGAACAUUUCGAAACAUUCCUGUGAUGAAUAGAGGGCUUUCAGAGAGAAACGUGAUCGGAGAGUCUUUUGAUACAACAGGGAGAGGCUGGCGUUCUGAGCCAAGUCCUUAACGCAGAGUAGGUCUGGACAUCUCGGUCUCAAAUAACAGCAGGAAGGGGAAAAAAGGUGCAGACAUUAGAAACAAAGACUUACAGAGGCGACCUUGGUGCUAUCAUCUCAGGUACCUGAAACAGAACCAGUCUACAGAACCAAACACAAAAACUCCUGGAGGUCUCCUUUUUAAUUGUAUUCUUUUUUUGUACUUGCUUUCAUGCCAAUUGAUUGUUCUUGGUGCUAUUGGGUGCUAUUGUUUUUUUUUUUUUUCGUCUGCUGCUCCUUGUUCUCAUAAGCAAACAAAACACAAACAAACAGUACAUUAUAAAAGAUUGUGUGAUAUCACAUAGCAACCUCAGCCUCCGUCUACUGGAAGCAAACACAUAAACACAGAUACUCACCAGCAGUGGCAAACUGUAUACGUAUGGUGUGAUGCCAGCUGGUCAUUUACUGUGGAAAUAAACUACAUCCCCCACCCUUCAACCCAUUGAUGUAAUCAACAAUUUUUAGCCACAUAGAGAUACUCUUACUGAAAAAGAAAAAAAAACCUUUGUAGGGAUGUCUAGAGUUGUUUUCUACUGGAUGUUAAUUGUAAGAUUUGCAAGGAUUCUGUAUUGUAAACCAACUUUUCCUUGUGACAGAUGACUUAUUCUUAUUCAGACUAUACUAUUUGUAGAAAGCAACAAAAAUAAUCUGAAAGAUUUUGAUUAAAAUAUAUCUUUAAUAGAGGAAUGGUAUUAUUUAGACCCAUUGCAUAACCCCAACCCCCCCAAACUAGUUAAUGGGCUUUUUUUCUGGUUUAACUGGAUUUAUAAGCAGAUAUCUGGAGAUUGCACUGCCUAGAAUGUGCCUUAACCUUUGAAAAAAAAAAAAAAAAAAAAAAAAAAAAAAAACCUUGCUGAAUAUUGACUAUCAAUGUUUAUGGACAUGCCACAGGGCUACAAACCAAUAAAAAUGUGGCGUAUGCUGUAGGUAAUUGUUUGCCAAUCUCCAUGGUUUGUGAGUCACGUUGCUCCAACGCUAUCUCAUGACCAAUUCGUACGUAUUUUAUGAGAUGAUUUUGUACAUUUUAUCUAGACCCCAGUGACGGGUAGGUUUAGGGGCGGGGUCAGGUGUAGGUCAUUCGUACAAAUUUAUACGAAUUGUGCAUCUCGUAAAAUACGUACGAAUUGCUGUGAGAUCAGGCUGGUUGCUCUGUCAUACAUUGUGGCUUUCUUUUACCAUCCAUUUGUAUCGUAACAUCACAUAUUGGAGUAAAAAUAACAGUGAUCGUUUGGUAUGCAAGGGUUGAAGUUAAAAUGGCAGUCUAGGCAGUGCUGAAUUUUUGAACAUAAAGCAUUACUGCAUUU